AUGAGCGUGCACAACCCUCUCACACUCCUGCAGCUGGCCGUGCAAGGGCUGCUGAGGAAUGAUGCCUUGUCCAUCUCUGCUCUGGACAACCUGCCUAUUGAGCUCUUCCCACCGCUGUUCAAGCAGGCCUUCGAUGGCAGACACACCAAGAUAUUGAAGGCAAUGGUGGCCGCCUGGCCCUUUCCCUGCCUUCCAGUGGGGGUACUGAUGAAUUCUCCUGAAGUGGAGACCUUGCAAGCUGUGCUGGAUGGCAUAGACAUUCUGCUGAUGAAGAAGGCUCAUCCCAGACGUUGCAAGCUUCAAGUGCUCGAAUUAAGGAAAGUGCACCAGCAUUUCUGGCAUGUAUGGGCUGGAAGAGAAGAUGGAGCCAGGUCAGCAGAGAAAGGAAGCAAGAAGCAAGUAGUAAAACGCCUUCCUAGAAAUUCCCAGAAGCAGCCUUUGAAGUUGGUCACUGACCUCAGCCUCUGCAACCAGCUGGAAGGACACCAAAAGUGCUUGUUGCAGUGGGCCCAGAAGAGAAAGGGCUCUGUGCAGAUGUGCUGUCUUAAGAUGCAGAUCUGUGACUCCCCUGCAGAGAUGGUCAGGGAAGUCCUGGACAUUUUCAAGCCACACUACAUUGAGGAAUUGGAACUACUUAUAUACCACGUCCUGCCCUUCCUCGGUGGCUUUGCACCUUACCUUGGCCUGAUGAGAAAUCUCCGCACAUUGCAUCUUAGUCUCGCCUAUGUGAACACGGAUAGGGUACCCAUAGAGAAGUGUCUUAACAAGUUCCUUACUCAGUUCUCCAAGCUCAACUGCCUCCAGCAUCUCUACAUGAACGGCAUCAACCUUUUCACUGACCACAUGAAACAGUUGUGCAGAUGCCUGAAGACCCAGUUUGAGUCCUUGUCUAUGAUCCUCUGCUGUCUCUCACAGUCAGAUUUGAAAUAUUUGUCACGAUGUCAGAGUCUUUGUCAACUGAAACACCUGGAAUUUAGUGGUGUUUUGUUACCCACGUCCCAUCCCACAGGUCUCCGACUUCUCCUUGAGAAUGUAGCAGACACUCUGCAGACCCUGGAGUUAGACAACUGCAGCCUAGAAGACUCUCACCUCAGUGUCCUGCUGCCUUCCCUGAGCCAGUGCUCCCAACUUACCAGAGUCAAUUUCUAUGACAACCUCUUCUCCACUGCUGCACUGAAGGACUUUCUGCAAUGCAUGGCUGAUCUAAACAAGCUGACAGUAGAGCUGUACCCUGCCCCUCGAGAGUGCUAUGAUCACCGUGGUUAUAUCCUUGUACAAACAUUUGACCAACAAUGUCCUGGCCUACUGGACAUACUCAAGGCCAAAAGGCAGUCCAAGAAAAUUGUCUUUGCUACAGCCAUGUGCUUUAAAUGUAAACAGCGCUGUGUCUAUGACAGGAAGACCAGACUUUGUCCAUGUUGGCAAUAA